AUGUGCCAUGAAAAAGGAGAAAGUGUCAAUCAUAUUGUUAGUGAAUGUUCCAAGUUGGCGCAAAGAGAGUACAAAAGAAGACACGACAAUGUGGCAAGGUAUGUGCAUUGGGCAAUGUGUAAAAAGGCAAAUAUAAAAAGAGCGAAUGAGUGGUAUAACCAGCAGCCAAAUAGCUGUGCUGAAAAUGAAGAGUACAAGUUGUUAUGGGAUAUGAUGAUACAAUGCGACCAACGCAUACAAGCUAGAAAACCAGACAUUGUAUUGCUGGACAAAAGAACUAAAGAGGCUACAAUAAUAGACAUCGCCAUUCCGGGUGACAAAAGGGUACAAGAAAAAGAAGUAGAGAAAAUUGAAAAAUGCCAGCCUUUAAAGGACGAAAUGGCAAGACUUUGGGAUCUGAAAAAGGUCAAAGUGGUUCCCGUGGUGAUUGGUGCUCUGGGAAUGAUUACUAAGAAGUUUGAGGGAUACAUCAAGGAAUGUGAUGACAAUAUCAGGAUUGAA